GGAGCCCAUCCUGCUCUGCUUCGGGCCAUGACGAUUCUGCGGUUCAUCGCACUUGCUCUGGUGACAGGGCAUGUAGGGGGAGAGACGAGGAUCAUCAAGGGUUACGAGUGCACCCCUCAUUCCCAGCCAUGGCAGGUGGCCCUCUUUCAGAAGACACGACUUCUCUGUGGGGCAACCCUCAUCGCCCCCAAAUGGCUCCUGACAGCAGCCCACUGCCGCAAGCCCCAUUACCUGGUCCUCCUUGGAGAACACAAUCUGGAGAAGACGGAUGGCUAUGAGCAGAAGCGGACGGCCACCGAGUCCUUCCCUCACCCCGGCUUCAACAACAGCCUCCCCAACAAAGACCACCGGAACGACAUCAUGCUGGUGAAGAUGUCAUCCCCUGCCGUUGUUACCCGGGCUGUGCGGCCACUCACCCUGUCCUCACACUGCGUCACUGCGGGCACCAGCUGCCUCAUUUCCGGAUGGGGCACCACGUCCAGCCCCCAGUUGCGCCUGCCUCAUUCCUUGCGAUGUGCCAACGUCUCCAUCAUCAAACACAAGGAGUGUGAGAGCGCCUACCCAGGCAACAUCACAGAGACCAUGCUGUGUGCCAGUGUUCGGAAGGAGGGCAAGGACUCCUGCCAGGGCGACUCUGGAGGCCCUCUGGUCUGUGAUGGAUCUCUUCAAGGCAUCAUCUCCUGGGGUCAGGACCCGUGUGCAGUCACCAGAAAGCCUGGUGUCUAUACAAAAGUCUGCAAAUAUAUUGACUGGAUCCACGAGACUAUGAGAAACAACUAAAGGGGACCUGCUUGUCACCACCCACCCCUCCCAUCUCUUCUUAAUGCUUUGACUUCCGUUCAUUCCUCCCUAAGAAGCCCUCAGUUAGGACCCUUGCGUGUACUCUCUUCUACCCACCGUGGAUAUAUAUAGGAAAUGCUCUGACCUGAUGAUCAACUUGGGACUUGGAACAAAUUCUCCCUUGACCUAAGUUGUGACUCCUAAUACGAUCAUCAGUGGCUUUGUUUGGUUGUUUUGUCGUUGUU